UCCCUCCUGCAGUCUAGGGGAGGUGGGCCUUUAGGGGAUAAGAGUCUGGGUUCACUGUUCAACUGCGGCAGCAGAAGAGUCAGCCCAUUGGCUUGUCCGUGCAGGGCGCGGGCCUAGAGGGUCAGACGCAGUGCGUGGGCACCGUGUGGUGCAGCCCAUGUGCUGGGAUAGGGCGCGAGCACGGGUGGGAUUGCAUGGUGCGGGCGCAGUGCGGGUGCCGGCGCGGGCGCGACGGGCAUGCGAGGGGAGCCGCGGUGCGGGUGCAGGGUGCGGGCGCAGUGCGCGUGCAGGCGCGGGCGCUAGUGCAGGUACAAGGCGCGGGUGCGGUGAGUGUGCGGGUGCAGGCGUGUGUACGGUGCGAGUGAGGCGCGUGCAAGGGGCGGCGGGCGGGGCGGGCGCGGCGGCGACAGCGGCGCCCGCGCCUCUGCGCGCGUAGGUGUGCGGCGCGCUCCUGGCGGGGACAGAGCGAGCAGAUCUCGCGUGCGCUCGCCGCCCGGCGCAGCCCAGCCCGGCCCCCGCCCGGCGCCGCGAGCCGAGGUGUCUCCCGCGCCCGCGCCCGUGUCGCCGCCGUGCCCGCGAGCGGGAGCCGGAGUCGCCGCCGCCCGAGCGCAGCCGAGCGCACGCCGAGCCCGAUCGCCACCGCCAUGGCCACCACGGUGACCUGCACCCGUUUCACCGACGAGUACCAGCUAUACGAGGAUAUUGGCAAGGGGGCUUUCUCUGUGGUCCGACGCUGUGUCAAGCUCUGUACCGGCCAUGAGUAUGCAGCCAAGAUCAUUAAUACCAAGAAGCUGUCGGCCAGAGAUCACCAGAAACUGGAGAGAGAAGCUCGGAUCUGCCGCCUGCUGAAGCAUUCCAACAUUGUACGCCUCCAUGACAGCAUCUCUGAAGAGGGCUUCCACUACCUGGUCUUCGAUCUGGUCACUGGUGGGGAGCUCUUUGAAGACAUCGUGGCAAGAGAGUACUACAGUGAAGCUGAUGCCAGUCACUGCAUCCAGCAGAUCCUGGAAGCUGUUCUCCAUUGUCACCAAAUGGGGGUCGUCCACAGAGACCUCAAGCCUGAGAACCUGCUUCUGGCCAGCAAAUGCAAAGGCGCCGCAGUGAAGCUGGCAGACUUCGGCCUGGCCAUCGAGGUUCAGGGAGACCAGCAGGCAUGGUUUGGAUUUGCGGGAACGCCAGGCUACCUGUCUCCCGAGGUCCUUCGGAAGGAGGCCUACGGCAAACCUGUGGACAUCUGGGCAUGUGGUCUGUGCCCAGAGCAAGUGGACACCAGGAUACAGGGACCAGGGGCUGUCAGACCACAGGGCAAGGUGGCUCCUUAGGUGGGCUCUUCUCUUUCUGGUGGGGAUACAGCAGAGGCGGCUGGCCAGGCUCCCUAGUGACAUAGGGUGGAGAUGGAGCAGGGAUCAGAGGCCGUUUGUGCCAUCCUUCCCAUGGUGGAGGGGCGCAAAGGGACACUGAGGACUGACCCUGGGGGCCCCAGGGCUAUGCUGCUCACCUCCCCAUCCACAGGGGUGAUCCUGUAUAUCCUGCUGGUGGGCUACCCACCUUUCUGGGAUGAGGACCAACACAAGCUGUACCAGCAGAUCAAGGCUGGGGCGUAUGAUUUCCCAUCCCCUGAGUGGGACACCGUUACUCCUGAAGCCAAAAACCUCAUCAACCAGAUGCUGACCAUCAACCCUGCCAAGCGCAUCACGGCCCAUGAGGCCCUGAAGCACCCAUGGGUCUGCCAACGUUCCACCGUGGCCUCUAUGAUGCACAGACAGGAGACUGUGGAAUGUCUGAAGAAGUUCAAUGCAAGGAGGAAGCUCAAGGGAGCCAUCCUCACCACUAUGCUGGCCACACGGAAUUUCUCAGUGGGCAGACAGACCACCGCUCCGGCCACAAUGUCCACCGCGGCCUCCGGCACCACCAUGGGGCUGGUGGAACAAGCAGCCAAGAGUUUACUCAACAAGAAAGCAGAUGGAGUCAAGCCCCAGACAAACAGCACCAAAAACAGCUCGGCCAUCACCAGCCCCAAAGGAUCUCUCCCUCCUGCUGCCCUGGAGCCUCAAACCACCGUUAUCCAUAACCCAGUGGACGGGAUUAAGGAAUCUUCCGACAGCACCAACACAACCAUAGAGGAUGAAGAUGCCAAAGCCCCCAGGGUCCCUGAUGUCCUGAGCUUGGUGAGGAGGGCCUCAGGAGCCCCCGAAGCCGAGGGCCCCCUCUCCUGCCAAUCUCCAGUUCCCAUUAGCCCCCUUCCAACCCCGUCCCCCAGGAUCUCUGACAUCCUGAACUCAGUGAGAAGGGGCUGUGGAACCCCAGAAGCCGAGGGACCCCUAUCAGUGGGGCCCCCACCCUGCUUGUCUCCGGGUCUCCUAGGCCCCCUGCCCACCCCGUCCCCCAGGAUCUCUGACAUCCUCAACUCAGUGAGGCGGGGCUCAGGGACCCCAGAAGCUGAGGGCCUCCCACCAGUGGGCCCCCCACCCUGCCCAUCUCCGACUCUCCCUGGCCCCUUGCCCACCCCAUCCCGGAAGCAGGAAAUCAUCAAGACCACAGAGCAGCUCAUUGAGGCCGUCAACAAUGGGGACUUUGAGGCCUAUGCGAAAAUCUGUGACCCAGGCCUGACCUCAUUUGAGCCUGAAGCUCUGGGCAACCUGGUCGAAGGGAUGGAUUUCCACAGAUUCUACUUUGAGAACCUGCUGGCCAAGAACAGCAAGCCGAUCCACACCACCAUCCUGAACCCGCACGUGCACGUCAUUGGCGAGGAUGCGGCAUGCAUCGCCUACAUCCGCCUCACACAGUACAUCGAUGGCCAGGGCAGACCCCGUACCAGCCAGUCCGAAGAGACCCGUGUGUGGCACCGCCGCGACGGCAAGUGGCAGAAUGUACAUUUCCACUGCUCGGGCGCUCCAGUGGCCCCGCUGCAGUGAGAGCUGCGCCUGGUUUCGCCGGACAGAGUUGGUGUUUGGAGCCCAGCCGCCCUCGGGCGCACGGCCUGCCUGUCGCAUGUUUGUGUCUGCCUCGUCCCCUCCCCUGGUGCCUGUGUCUGCAGAAAAACAAGACCAGAUGUGAUUUGUUUUUAAAAAUAAGAUGAUGACAACGACAACCACACGCAAACCAACAAACAAAAUUUUGGCAUCGGAUGAAAUGGAAAACAAGCAAACAAACAAAAACCUAAAGAAAGGAAAAAGCUGUAAAAAUCUGGCAUUUGUGGGGCCACCCCACCCCCAAGCUCCACUGUGUCUGUUGUGCUCCUGGCUUUGGGGACCCUCAGGGCGUGAAUGUGCCCAUGCCGACCGUGUUAGUCUGUAGGUACCGCACUCACCCCAUACCUUGGGCGUCUGCAUCCUCCCUCCCAUGCAUGGGCCCCACGUGCUAACCUGGCUGUUGUGGUGUCAGGUGUCUUGGGAAGGGCUGGGGGCUGCCUCCUUUCCUGCUAGUUGUGCCUGAGAGUUGCUGCUGCUCCUGCUUUCCCCUACCUGUCCCUUGUCCCGUCCUGUGAAGGGCUGGGAGGGUGCUCCUCUAGCCAAGGACCUACCUUUGCCCCAUGGAGUGUGUAGAAGCUUGUCCCCGAGGUCAUCAGAAAAGAACCUGGGCUCUCAGCCCCGGUUCUUUGGGGAGUGAGGUAUGGAGGUACGGAUCUUGCCUCCAGACCUCCUGCCUGGCAGGGGUUGGUUAAGAAGGCCUGCUGGCUGCAGUGCCUACCCAUGUAGCUAUGAAGAGAGGACUGGGCAGAGGAUGGCCUCCUUCCUGUUUGGGGUACUUGUCCCUUCCCUGCCACCAGCAGCUGAGCAACAGUGGCCCACCCCUGGCCUGGGAAGUUCCUCUCUGAAGUUGGCAGCAGACCCUAAUGAAGAUGGAGAACCUGAGAUACUGGACGGAUACUGGGAACAGGCCAGGCUGCGUCUAGGGUGUUUGUCCACUCAGCUUGGAGCCUGGGUGUUCGAGACUUGGUUAAAUGUUGCAGAAUGUGGUAAAGAGGGGCCAGAAGUUGGGUUCUAGACUUCUGGGCAAUGCAGGUCCAUACAAGUGUUUGAUGAAAUGGGAGUGCUUUCUUGACCUGGGCCUAGAGAAGAGCAUAUGCCACCUAGAGGCAUGUGGAAGGCCAAAAUUGGUUAGGGCUGUAUUGUGUGGGGCUCUUCCAGGUAGGCCAGAGACACAGCUUAGAGAGAAGGCAGGCUGGGGGCAGAGAUAUAUGGCUGUGGGGCCUGGAUACCAGUGGGUGGGUGGAGGGCCCAUCAGGACAGUGUGGCACCUCCAAGGGCCCAGUGGUGCUCCUAGGUGCCGGCUGCCUGGACUCGUUGUGGGUGGCCCUGGCCCUUGGUGACUGAGGGAAUCAUUAAGGCUGGACAUGUUACAAAGUCAGGCUAGGGAGAUAUAGGUCUGAAGCCGGGUUGGGUGGGGGUGGUCAGAGGCUUUGACUGCAGAGGUUCAUGGGCCUCCACCCCAACGCUGACCACUUUAAAUUCAUGUCAUUUUCAACCAGGAUUUUCUUUAUCUUUUACUACAAAUCAAGCCAAGGGAGGGGCACGAAGUGGGGAACGGGACACAGGAUCCUAAACUCCAAGGGGACUGUCCACCUACAGACACUCAGUGGAUACCACCUUUCAUCCACACUGUGCCCAGGACAGCUGUUCCCUACCCAUGGACACAGGGUAAACAUCUGCCACCCAUGGACACA